AUUAAAUUCCGUUGUAGAACAUAAUAAUUUAUUAAAAUGUUAUUCCCAAUCAUAAAUGCAUAUUUGCGUCUUUAACAGCCAAUGCAUUACAGUUACGUUUUGUCCAUACCUGGAGAAUGGUACAAUUGCAUUGUAAGAGCCUGAAAUUUCCUUAAUGGAAAAGCACCUUCUUACUUGGCGUAAAAUACCAAACCCUUUCUUUUCCUUAUGAGACACGCACCAAUCACACCAAGCUUUUUUCCCUUGUGAUUGGCUUCACUUACUCAUCAUAACUAACUUCAUCAACUUCCAAAAUAACAGCUCUAUAAAAGAUCCUCUCAUUUGGUGUGACCUUUGGAACAGAAAACAGUUGUGUUAGUGUUUAUUUAACAUUUGAAUCUGAGUUCCUUGAACAAUAUACUCGAUACUACUACAUUUCCUUUUUUUCUUUAGUUACUGUGUUGGAAUUUUCUUUUCCUCUUUUGGUGUUGAAUAGAGUUUAACUAGUUUCCACCAAACUCUUCUCUUUCUUUCUUGUGUUGGCCUUGCAGGCACUAUGCUAGAGGGGCAUCAACUUUUGGGGUUUGGCUUCUUUGUAAUUGGUUUAUGGCACUUCUUCAACCACGUCAAGCUCCAUGCCCUUAGUUCCAAGUCCUACACAUCAACCCUAUGGUUUCCCACCACAAUAUCUAGAUACUUGGAGCUCCACUUCAUCAUGGCAAGUUGCACCAUCUUUAUUGCCAUGGAGCUCUUCAUUGCUCCCAUUCAUCACCAACCAUUUGACCCUGAUGGAACCAUUCCCUCCACCCAUCUACACAACUUUGAACACUCCUCCAUGGCCAUGGCUUUCUUGGUGUAUGCCAUCUUUGCCAUAGUUCUUGAUAGAAAAUGCAGUAAAGUUCAAAAUGAGCUAACUCAUUUGCUGGGAGCCAUGGCUUUUACACAACAAUUUCUUCUUAUCCACCUUCACUCUAGAGAUCACAUGGGACCAGAAGGCCAAUACCACUUCUUGUUGCAGCUUUUGAUUCUUAUUUCUUUGGCUACAACCCUCAUGGGAAUUGGCAGGCCCAAGAGCUUUUUGGUCUGUUUUGUACGUUCUGUGAGCAUUUUCUUCCAAGGUGUGUGGCUUAUGAUCAUGGGGUUCUUGCUUUGGACACCAGGAUUUCAAGCCAAAGGUUGUUUCAUGCACCUUGAAGAAUCUGAUGAAUAUGUGGUGAGAUGCAGUGACGACGAGUCUCUUCAUCGUGCUAUCUCUUUGGUGAAUAUUCAAUUCAGCUUCUUGUUGAUUGGAAUCACCGUUUUCGCCUUGUCUUUCUACUUGAUCAUUGUUAGAAGAUAUGGUGAAAAGGUGGAGUAUGUUUCACUGAUAAAGGAGGAACAUUACCGUGAAGAAGAUGGAUUUGUGAAACCUAAGGGCGCUAUCGACGACGUUGAAAAUAGCAUGGAUGUUGAAUCCCAAUCUCCAAAGAAAAGCAACCAAGAGCAGAUUUAAAUUGACCACUUUGUGAAACCAAAGGCAUUACUGGUGUAAGUGGUUCGUUUUCAACAUAAUUAUUGUAAAAAUUAAUAAUUUUAUUGUUAUAAUUUAUUGGUGUUGAGGGUUUUAGUCAACUUAAAACAUGACUGUUUUCGUUCAAAAAUACUUGUAAUCUCUAAAGAUUUGUCUGAUAAAACAAAUUAAACUCUAGUGCAAAUAUAUUGCUUAAAUUAAACUCUACUUUGCGACAAAUUAUUCGCGACAUUGCGGUUAUUCCCAGUAUACUUAACGUUAAUUAGGAAAACUCUAGUCACAAAACCAUGACUAUAAAACAACAUCCCAACUAUAAGACAAUCAUAAGUGAAACCACACAAGUCUUAGCUCAACCAAACAUAAGAUAACAUGACCCCGGUCUCGUUCUAUGUUCGCAGGAUUUUGUGAAGUUUGUCUAUUGUAUC